UUAAUUUCUAACCUUGUACAUUAGUUUUGCCAGUUUCUGCACUUUAUAUAAAUGCAAUACGCGCCUUUUGUUUCUGGCUUCUUUACUCUCAUUAUGUUUGUGAGAUGCAACCUUGUUGCAUGUCAUUGUGGUUUACUCAUUCUCAUUGCUGUUGAGUGUUUCGUGUAUGAAUAUACCACAGUUUAUUUAGCCAUUAUAUAGUUGUACAUUAGAUAUAGUCUUUGGUAUGCAUGAAAUAUUUCAUCAAAAACAACUGUUAAAGGAAUAGCCUUUGAAAAUAAAUAACACAUUACAAACUAUUAGAGCUAUAUGAAGAUCUGCCCUAAGAGUCCUGCCUGGGGAAAAGGGAUGAAUCAGUGAAUUUUCCAGGCCCCUGCUAACCUUCUCCUUGAGUUAAUAACUUAAUAUACUCACCAGAGGCUCAGAAGAAGUCUGUGGUGUGCCAGGCAGCCACAAGGAAUGUCAUUCUAAGUCAUUUAUGGAGUACUGACUGGGUGUGCAGUCUUGUGCUGGGGUUCCUUAGAAACCAACAUGAAGACUCAUCUUCACUCAUGGCUGAAAUCUCUAGGGUUGGAAGGGAGAACACGGAGUGUACUUCCAGACUGAUGGGAUGUGGACAACCGUGACUGCUUCUGGGCAGACGUCUUAGCAUGGAGAGUUUUUGAUCUGACUCCUUCAGCUGAUGUGGAGUCUGAAGGGUAAUGGGGUCAUCUUCAGAGUGGCCUGAACUGGGUCUUUUCUCUCUCGGCAUGGAAAGGUGGUGGUCAUUUUUUUCCCUGGUAGACAUGCAGCUAGGCUUUAUCUCCCCAGCAUUCACAUCCCCUUCAGAGGCCCUUGUCACUCCAGACUAGGGAGAAUGGGCGUUAAUCUGGGCUCUGUUUCCUCCCUGGGGAUAGCAGGUCCCAGGCAAGAGAAGUUGGCAAGCUCUCCCCAUGGCUGUCUUAUUCCUCCCCUUUCUGUGCCUGUGUGGGCUCCCCAAGGCUGUUGCAGACAACAUCCAGGCCAUCUAUGUCGCCUUGGGGGAGGCACUGGAGCUGCCGUGCCCCUCACCGCCCACCCUGCAUGGGGAUGAAAUCUUGUCGUGGUUCCGCAGCCCUGCAACAGUCUCCUCUACUGUCUUAGUGGCCCAAGUCCAAAUGGCCAGACCAACUCCCUACUCUGGGAAGCUCCAAAGGGAACCCCAGCUCAAACUGCUGGGAAACUACUCUCUGUGGCUGGAAGGGUCCAGGGAGGGAGAUGCUGGGAGGUACUGGUGCGCUGUGCUGGGUCAGCACAACAAGUACCAGAACUGGAGGGUGUAUGAUGUCUCUGUGCUCAGAGGAUCCCAGUUCUCUGCAAGGGCUGCAGAUGGAUCCCCCUGCUCUGUCCUCCUGUGCUCUGUGGUCCCUGCCAGGCGCCUGGACUCUGUGACCUGGCUGGAGGGGAAGGGUACUGUGAGGGGCUAUGUACAGUCCUUCUGGGGUGAUGGGGCUGCCCUGCUCUUGGUGUGUCCUGGAGAGGGGCUUCCUGAGCCCAGGAGACGUAGACCAAGAAUCAUCCGCUGCCUCAUGCCACAGAAUAAAGGGAUCAGCUUUAACCUGGCAGCCUCCGCGGACGCCUCCCCUGCCCUCUGUGCCCCUUCCACAGACUGGGGUGUGCCCCGGAUCCUGAUGCUGUUGCUCGCAGUGGGCCAGGGGAUCAUUAUCCUGGUCCUCAGCAUCAUGCUGUGGAGGUGGAGGGUCCAGGGGUCUCAGGGCAGAGAUGCCUCAAUUCCUCGAUUCAAACCCGAGAUCCAGGUCUAUGAGAAUAUCCAUUUGGCCCAUCUCAGCCCACCUGUCCCCAAGACCAGGUGAUCUUAAUGACAGCUGCUGGGAAGUGUCACCUGCUGUCUCCUUGGUCAUCUGGCACCUGAAGGAUUCCCUGAAAACCUUGGCAAGAGGGGAGGGGCUGGGAGUGCUACUUCCCAGUCCAGCUGGUCUCCAGCAGCCAAACUAUGUUUUCUGUGUGUUGUGUGUACGUGUGCGUGCAUGUGUGUUUUAAGGGGCUGGGAGCUGAAAGAAAGAAGAAUUAUUCUGUGAUGUGACCUAUGAAAAGGUGUGGUUUCCUAUCUCGCAGUAGCCAGUGACAGGGUGGCCUAAACCUGCAGUACCAUGGGAUGAAGGGAGCCUGGGGUAGCUGGCAAGGGCUGAGGAGGGUUGGGGAUGGGCAGAAAAGACACAGAGGAAUCCAGAGGCUGGAGCGCUGGGGGAGGAUCAGCUAUGGGGAACCAAAGGACAAAUGGGGGACAUUGAAGAAGAGAGACGGGAAGAGGCUCAAGGCAGAGUAAGGGGAAAGAGACAGACAGAAAGACAGAAAAAUAGAAGUACAAAGUGGGAGGAUGGAGGGACAGAGAGAAUGGAAAUAACACUCAACUUGCUUCUAAUUUAAGCCAGAUCCUCACCCCCGUCUCCUUCUCACAAAGAGAAGUUGAGAGAGAAUAAGCACCUUUAAUCGGACCCCAGACUUCCUCAGAUGGAAGGGGAAGGAAGGGGUCAGGAUAGGGUGCCCCCCCCACACACUCCUCCUUAUCCUAGGCACUCCAUUGUGGCAUCCGGAGCAGGGAGCAGCUUGUCAUCCUGACAUCCUGACAGCCCCACAAGUCACAUGCUCUCUCCCUAGGCAGCGAGAGUGUCCUCAGCGGUGGGUGGGUGGAUUCUCUGGUUGGGUGUGUAAUCUGGUUUGUCAGUAAACCAUGGACAAGUCUGGGCUGGUGAAGCGGGGGAGGACACUGGUGUUCCUUGUCUCCUGUGGCCUCCUAGCCACACCCUCACCACUCCACCAGGGGCCCUUUUAU